AUCAGAGCGUCUGUCUGUCUGUCUCUCUCUCUCUCUUCUCUCUCCGCUCUCUCUCUCUCUCUCUUUCUCUCACACAGCGCAAUGGCGGAAGAUUUCGAAUUCGGCGAAGGCACUUUCGUCUCCUCCGGUUUGAAAGGAAGAAGCUCAGAGCCUUCUUUUGAGGCAGUUGAAGCCACUGAACCAACACCUGAAGAACAAGAACGCUCCGACGAUUUCCCUCGCUCCGACAGUACUGUUUCUUUUCCGAAACAGGAGGUGAAGGCUUGGCCGGAACGUCCCCAUUUCGGCUCCGAGUCCGCCAGUGUUGUUCAAGAAAAGCAAGAAGCUAAAGAAGAAAAAGUGGUUGCUCCCACCGACGUUGUUGCAAAGAUGAAGUGCGACGUGGGAGAUGGCAUGGUUGGCCAGUCGGUUUCGCCGCCGGUGAACGAGAAAGGGAAGGGGUUGGAGAAUUACGAGGUGGAUUUCUCGGGAAAUCAGGGAUUUGGUGAAAUGGAGAAGAGUUCUCUUGAAGAAGUUCUGAUAUCCCCCGUUGUUGAAGACUGGAACACUGGUUUGGCGACUUCUUGUGUUCCAUUCGAUAAGAAUGAUUCUCGAUGUUUCUUGAGAAGCAAUUCGGAGCAGCGUUUGAAUGAGACUUUCGUAGAAUCGAUCCUCCAUGAUGCUGUUAAGACUGGGGAGGAACCCCAUAAUUUUUGUACUGAUGAAAAGCAAAGUGUUUUUGAGGGAUUGCACAAGAUGGCAGAGAAUGAUAAAGGAAAUGAUGGAGCUGGGAAUUGUUCUCUGAAAAUUGAAGUAAUUGAUGAAACGGCUGUGAUUGAGACAAAUUCUGCUCCUAAUUUUGGAAGCAGCGAAGGAAAUGUUGGGUUUGCUAAACAUUCUGAGGGGAUUGACCACAAGAGUAUUAUGAAAGAAGAAACACAUGCAAGGAAAGAGAAACGACCUCGAAGAAGGGGAAAGGGUGUAAAAAAUAUAUCAGAAUCAGAUCCAAUGAAACAGAUUCCAAAUCACACGGUUGAAUUUCUUAUCAGCUGCAAAAAGAAAAGCAAUGGGAGCAAGAGGACUUACUCAAGGGAGGAGCUAGUGGCAAUGAGAUCUGUAAAUUUAGAAGAACAGCGGAAAAAAUGGAUUGAGGUAUAUUCUGGGCUUGAGCCAACUGUGGCAAGGGAAUAUGACGGCCUGGUUGGUCGUAAUCGUCAAAAACACAUCCAGGUUAACUUUGAUCCAAGGAAACAAUUGCCAAAGAAGGAAAAAGCCCUUGGGCUCCUUGGUGAAGAUUCUUUUCAAGCCAUUGAUAAUAAAACUGAGAACAUGAAUACCUUUGAUCCAGCUUGUGGUCUAUGCAUUAGUGGUGAAGAUGACCAUACAAUUGAAGAGGGAGAUUGCAAUGAGGAAGAUGACAGUGAGGACGAUUACAGUAGCAUCCAGAGACCUGCUUUUUUGGUUACUGGAGAACCCAAUUUUGAUUCUGGUCCUGCACAAGAUGGGCUGGAAUAUCUUAGGCGCGUGAGAUGGGAAGCAGCUCAAAUUCCGAAGGUGAAGGUUGCCAAGCUGGACAGAAGAAAGUUGAAUAAAGACCAGACAGUUUAUAUGCCUAAGAUACCUGAAAUUGCAAAGUGCCCGGAGCACUUGUUGCUGCCAAAGCUAUGGGAGGAUGCAUUCAUUAAUGAUUUCCGAGAGUUAAGGCUGGCCAUUUCACAUCUGGAGGGUUGUAGUUCUAAAAUUGAUGCUGAAUUGCAGUAUUCAUCUACUCUCCACCAAGAAGAAAGCUCUGAUCAGCUUCUUGAAAGUAUCGAAGAUGAAAAUUUUGAUAACCCAACCAGAGAUGAAGUUGAGUUCAACGAGCCUUUAGUGAUGGCUGAGAAAUCUAGUGACCCAAAAUCUAUCUCGACAGUUGGUGAAGAUAAUGCCUUCCUGCCUAUCGAAAAUUCCAAUGCCUGGUCUAUUUCCAGCGGAAAUACUGGUGACAGCCCUACCUUGUGUGCAAUUCUCAGUAUGGAUUCAGUAACGCGACUGUCAACGCUGAGGAAACGGAUAAGCUUGGUAGAAAACAAGAGCAGACUGGCAAGGAGUGAUUGUGAAUGGCUAUUUGCGCUAUGUGCCGCAGUUGAUACUCCUCUAGACGCAGACACUGGUGCGGCCCUUAGGGGCUUGCUCAGGAAGUGUGCAGGCCUGCGAGCUGAAAAAUCUGAACUGGAUGAUGAAGUUAUCAUGCUUAAUAUUCUAGCAACAAUUACUGGUAAAUACUUUGGGCAGUCAGAGGAUUAACGGAAUCAUGCAACCGAUUGGCUACCGUCUGCAGGUUAUAUAUUUCAAUCCAGUUUGGUCUUUUUUUGGAAUUUUGGGUGGUCUAAUGUUUUGACAGGUGCAUAAAUGGCUGUGGCUACGUUCUCCACGUGGGUAAUCAUCCUAUAUCAUGGAUUGCAAACGCUGUUUACUUCGUGUAGUUAAGAACGCUGCAACUUAGAAUCCCUUUUGGGAUAUUUAAUCUCUAUUGGCAUGACAUGUAGCUGGUAGUUGCUCGCCGUUUAUUUAAAUAUGAAUGUGUCAGGUGCUCUAAUGCAAGCAAACCCAUUACUUCAUAUUUAUGUCUAAUGCAAGCAAACCCAUUACUUCA